CCACCUGUCUCGGAGGCAGAAACGACAGCGCCCUGAGCUCAGAGGGAAGCGAGCCACAGCCUGAGCGGGGCCCGCCUCCUGGAGCACUCCUCGCAUCUGAGCGUUCCGACGGAGCGCUCAGGCCUCCCGGGCCACGCCCCCACGCUGUCAGGCCACGCCUCAGGAACUCCAGGGCCCGCCCACCCUGCAGGAGCGCGUCGCCGACAUGGGGACCCCUAGCUGCCCCGACGAGGGGAUCCCACCGCCGCCAGUCCCAGAAUGUGACGCGGAGGUUCAGCCCCAAGGGGCUGCCCAGCCCCGGGAGCACACCGAAGACCUUGGCGGGCAGGAGGCGCCCGAGGCCCCGGCAGAGCUUCCGAGCGGCGGAGGAGCUGAGCAGCAGGCGGAAGAAGAGGAAGAAGUGGGAGAAGGCAGCAGCACCGAGAGCAGCCGCGACACGGGGGAGGCCCCGCCUCCCGAACAGAUCCCAGCCACGCCCCCCACACCCACGCAGUCUAGGGACCGGGUGAGAGGCGCGGCGCAGCGGCUUCGAGGGCAGCAGCUGGAGGCAUUGACUCGGGUGGCCCUAAUGGAGCAGCGAGUGAAGGAGCUACAGCGCCAGAGGAAGGAGCUGAGGAUCGAGAUGGAGGUGGAGGUGGCCCUGCUGAGGGGUGAGCUGGCUGGGGAGCGAGUGGCCGCCCGGCGUGAGGAGGAACAACUUCGGGAGCUGCUGAGGCAGCAGGUGGACACAGAGCAGAGGGGCCGUGAGCAGCGGGAACAGGAGCAGAGGCGGCUGAGCCAGGAACGGGAUCGCGUGGAGCGUCUUCGCCAGAGACUCCAGGAGGCCCAGGGGCAGCUCAACUCACAGCCAGAGGACCAGCAUGAGCGGCUUCUGCAGGGUGUGCAAGAGAUGAAGGAGCAGCUGGAUGUGGCCCAGCGUUCCUAUGAGGACCUGGAGUUCCAGCAACUGGAGCGAGAGAGCCGGCGGGAGGAGGAGGAUCGGGACAGCCAAGGGGCUCGGGCGCUGGACGCCAAGAUCCAAGAGCUUCAGGCCAGUGUGGCACAGCACAGGCGCCGGACCCAGGUCUUGGAAGAACAGCUUAAGUCGCUGGGGGAACAGAUGGCAGCUGAGAGCCGGGGGCUGAGCCGGAAGAAGGAGGAGGCCCUUCAGGCCCUGACGCAGGAACGGAGCCGACUGCUCGAGCUUAAUUGCCUUGAGGGAAGCUCUGACGGAGACUUCUCUGAGCCCAACCAGGCCCUCACUAAGCUCCUGUUCACCCAGAAGACAGACCGCCAGUUGCUGGUGCUCCAGGACCCCACCGCCCACACUGCCGCCUCCACCUCUUCCUGCCUCUUCUCAGUUCACAGCUCCCUGCAGGGCUCCAUCGGCCUCCAGAGGACUGGAAGCCUGUCCCGGAAAAGGGGAGAGAGACUGAGCCAGAGGGGAUCUCCCCGACCUCUGUCCCUCCAUUGUACUGGACCCCUGGAGGCCUCUGCCCUCCCACCAGCAGCUGAAGACUCGGGGAGACACCCCCUCUAUCAGCUGCUGAACUGUGGCUCCGGGAAUAGCUGUGGAGUCCUCCACCCAGAUAUCGCACGCAUGGAACGGCUCCUGCAGCAAGCCAUGGCGGAGCGGGAGAGGCUUCUGAAGGCCAGGGCCCCGCCCACACCCGUGCCCCCACCCCGCCCUCCUGGCCCUCGGGUCCUGGAUCUCAGGCAGCACCUGGAACGCUGGGGCCACAACCCGGAAAACUGCCCGCACGUCCAGGUGUCCGGUGUCUGCUGCCGCGGGCCCCUAGUGAAGAUGGGCGGCCGCAUCAAGACCUGGAGGAAGCGGUGGUUCUGCUUUGACCGCCAGGCGCGCCGCCUGGCCUACUAUGCGGACAAAGAAGAGACCAAGCUCAAAGGCGUCAUCUACUUCCAGGCUAUUGAGGAAGUCUAUUACGACCACCUACGCUGUGCCUUCAAGAGCCCCAGUCCUCGCCUGACGUUCUGCGUCAAAACCUAUGAACGCCUUUUCUACAUGGUGGCACCGAGCCCGGAAGCCAUGCGAAUUUGGAUGGUCGUCAUCGUGACCGCGGCUGACGAAAACCACGCCCCCUGAGCGGCCCCACCCUUAUGGCCCCGCCCACUGCCGGAAAGCCUGGGCCCGCCCCUUUGGAACUUUGGAAUUCUGCAGGAGCUGCGGCUCGGCUGGCCUGAGCCGCCUUCAGCGCUGCAGGUGCCUUCCUCUGACUGGAAGCCAGCCCCUGGCGCCCUACUCAGGAGGAAGAUUGCGAGGGCGGGAAGGAACUAUUUAUUGGUGCUCCUGUGAUACCGAAUUAAACAUGGAGGAAAAACUGGUUGCUGUGGUUUGCAGCCCAGGAGGCCCGGGCUCCUUUGCUUUUAGGCAGGACUCCGAGUUAUGGGUAACGCAGAGAGCCAAGCUUCCCACAGCCGAUUCUUCCCUUCUUAAUGGAGGCUUUCGACUCUAAGGUCACAGCUGGGAGGGGUGGAGGGAGGUAUGUGUCCUUAACCUUUGGCAAUUUUGUUUUUUUAGUUUGUGGGCCCACCUGCUUCCAUCCUUUUUGAUUUGACUGGGCUCUUGGCAAUUUCUAGGAGCUCCUAGGCUCCUGCUUUCCAGGCCUUGGCACAUGUUAUUCCCUCCGUCCUGCCCUUAAGCAGCUAGCCCCUCAUUCUUUAGUUGGGAAGCCCUUCCUGACUCCCAUGGCUGAGUCAGGCACGCCACCGUUGAGCUCCCCUGUCCCAUCCCUGCACACCCUGGGUCAUCACUGGUGAUGGAUCUGCCCUUAUAGACUGGAAGCUUCAUGAGGGCAGGGCCAGGGAUGUCCUGGUCACUGCUUUGUCUCCAGCACCACAGGACACUUCAUUCCGUGAAAGUGGAAAACAAAAAAAAGGCUUCCCUUUCACCUCUCAGGUUUUGUACAUACUGUUCCCUUUGCAUAGGUACCUUUCCCUACUUCACCAACUCCCACUCAUCAUUUAGGUCUUAGGUAUUUCCUUCUCCAGGAAGCCUUCCCUGAUUCUCCUGGCUGAGUCUGAUGCUUCCUCUGGGCUUCCCAUCCCAUCCUGGGAUUGACUGCUCAUCACUGCUGAUGAGUGUCUUGUACACAGGGACUGGGGCUGUCUCUGUCACUACUGAGUCCUUGACUCACAGCAAAGGGCCUAGGGCAAACUGGGUGUUGAGGGAAAGUCUGAUGGUUGAAUAAAUUGAGGAGGAAAAGAUGUUGAAGACAGGACAGUGGGGACCAAGGCAGGCAUAGAACUCUUCACCCAAGGUGUCCCCUCCUUCAAGAAGCUCUCCCUGCUCCGUAGGCUGGGUCAGGUGCCUAUUUGGGGAUUCUGCAGUGCCCUGGGCUCCCCUACUACCGCCCUGACUCUAAGCUGUCACUGUGGAGACAUGUCUUUUCUUUUCGCCUCAAACUUCUGGAACGGGACACUCAGUUCCUCUGGUUUCCAUCUCCUCAAGACCUAGGUGUCCUGUCUGUCUUGUUCCAGGAUUCCUUGAAGAUCCAGAUGUGCUGCUCCCGAGUCCUGGGAUUGCAGACACUAGUCCCCAGGCCCUCAGGGACCCCAGGUGUCCCUUGACCUCUACCUCCAGGUGACCUCUACCCCCAGGUGACCUCUAUCUCCAUCUGCCUUUUUGGAUCAAUUUCCCCAGCUGCUCUGCAAACUGAGCUCUUACUGGGGCCAGCUUCGUGGCAUGUGACCAGUGUAGUUGACAGGUCCCUGUGCUCAGAAGACCCCUCUGGAUUUAAUGCUCUGUGUCACCAUCUGGAAAUUCUUAGUUUUGUUUUUGAAUUUGUGUUUUGUAAGUGAAGUCUGAAGGGACGUGGAACAUGAGCUGGGGGUACCUUACGCAAGUUCCCACAUCCCUGGGACAGGUUCUGUCUGCUUCCCCUCCCCAACCCGCCCUGUGACCACUACCAACCUCUAGCUGUGGCAGGGCCUGAAGCGCAGGGUCAGGCACUUACUACCUCAUGGCAUCUCUGGGUGGGGCAUGGCGGUGGACAGCUGGUGGAAGGGGAACCCAGAAACCAGGUUGCUUUAGCUGUGGGGCAAGGUCUCUAGACACCUGUGAGGGUCUGUGAUCACCCCACGAGUAUCCCUCUGCCCAAGGGAACGUGGCAUUAAGCACCAUGUGGGGUUGAGAGAGAUGGCGGAAGAAAACAUGCAGUUCUAUUUUAGUAUUUUAACAGCACUCUUUCCUGCCUUUUGAACUGGAUUCCCAUAAUUUUCAUUUUGCACGGAGCCCUGCAAAUUAUGUAGCUGGCACGGCUCCUGACCCCACCCCUUCUCUGACACAUCCUAGACAGUAUAUCCCAGAAGGUGUGGAUCUGAGAUAGGCUGGGAACAUCACGGGGCUAAGAGCCUGCCCUGGCCCAGGGGACAGGAAACCCACAGUGGAUAUGGCCCUAGGCUUGUCUGAGGCCCUGGAGUGACCUUCAGGGCCGGGGACCGCCUCCGCACUGACCCCUCUGCUCAUCUCUGGGGAACCAGAUUCUAAAUCUAUUUGCAGUGACCUCUCCAGAGAGGAGCUGGAAAGAGUUACUGAUCAGGUAUAAGCAGAGGCCCCACAUUCAAAGCUCCCUCUGCUGUUUGGUCCGAGGCCAGGUGGGGGUCAGCGCCCAGAAUCCGGGCAGGCCUGAGCAAGAGGAGACUCCCCACCCUGGGUCCCAUUCCCUCCCAAGACGCUAGUUCUUCUGGUCUAGCUAGUUGGGGUUCCUCCCUGAAACUCUCCCACGCGGCUGGGGCCUGCAGGGCCUCCUGCUUCUGAGCAAACAGUAAUAAUAGUAUUAUUACCCGGCCUCACUCCGUCCCUCAGGAGAUAGGGGUUUUCAGACCCAUUUGGCAAAGGAGGCAGCUGAAGUUCAGAGAGGGAGACACAGUUGUUUGAGGUCAUACAGCAAGAGGAUGGCACAGGCGGGAUUAAAAUUCCAAACUUGAUACUUUGCCCACUGCCUCAUUGCACCAUGAAAGUCACUCCUUCCUUUAUUAUAAAACACACACC